AAAUGUGUGCUUCUCUCUGCUAUAUGCAACCAAAUUAGUAGGGAGAGAUGGAGGUUUUUGAGAAUGGCGGCGGUAAUUGGGGCUGUGGGUCUGAUGAAAUUUACAGUUUCCGUUUCAUAAAAUCCCAGUUUGGUUGCUCCUUUUCUCUUCCAUUCUUCUCCUAGAAUUUCUCCCUUUGUCUGAACCUUUUGGUUUCAACUUUCCCCAAAAUUUCACGAACAAGAUUCAUCUAUUUGAAUGACCGUACAAUUUCCUUUUGGCUAUGUGGGAGUUUUUCCCAGUUGAAUCUUAGGGUUUUAGUUUGUAUCAGGUGCUUGGGCGAUUCAAGUGUUUGUUUCCUCUGUUGCUGCAGCGUUGGGAUUGUUUUGAAGUCAUGGAAGCUUAUAAGAAGUGGGUCAGGGAUAACAGGAACUAUCUUUACUCUUUUGAGUCUCUUGCAAAUGGCUUGACGUGGCUUCUUCCCGAACGAUUUUCUAAUUCAGAAAUUGGACCAGAAGCAGUUUCUGCUGCUGUUGGUGUUAUCACUGCAGUCAAUGAACACAUAAUUGAAACAGCUCCAACCCAGAUGCGUGUAAACGCGACCGUGCCACCUUCAUUUCCCUAUUCGUUGUGCAUAUCUGCUCUAAAAAACUUGGAGCCAUUGAUCGAAGUUGCUGCACAACAAUAUUAUGGCAACGAUAAACGCUGGAACUUCAUUGCCGUUACGGAGGCUAUGAAGGUACUAUUUAGAUUAGCUCUGUUCAAGAAUAGUGGAUACAAAAUGAUACUCGAAGGAGGCGAAACGACAAAUAACGAAACGCAUCUCGAAACUUCAACUUCUCAGCACAGAGCUAAUGAUGGGCAUCAUGCAUCUGGUUAUUUAGGAUAUGUUAAAGGACAUAACCAGUGGAGUCUAGAAGGGAGGGCAAUGUCUGCUUUAAGUAUGUUCGGGGAUAAUGCUCGGAUAAAUUCGACACCAGCAUGGUCAUACCGGGUUCAACACGAGCGUGCAACGUUCAAUCCUCCAGCUACAAUACCUGAGAGGCCAACUCUUUUGACUAUUUUGUCCGAGCAGGGUCGUCUCGGGGCUCUUUUCGUGAUAGGAGAAGUGCUUUUUAUAACAAGACCGCUAAUAUACGUUCUUCUAAUCCGAAAAUACGGGAUUCGGUCGUGGACUCCUUGGUUUCUUUCUCUGGCUGUGGACCUCAUUGGAACAAGCUUCUUAUCAUAUGCUACCUCAACCCCCAAGAGUAGAGAAGACCAAAGAUUUCACCUCUCUGAUUCUGAGAAGGACGAGGUCAGGGGUUCUCUCAUUCAUCAUUCAUCCCCCAUGAAUUUGAACUAUCAUUCUCGUAUUAACGUCAACGAGUUCGAUUUGGUUCAGCUGAGACGACGAAAGAUGCUAUGGGCAUUUUACAUCAUGAGAGACCCAUUCUUUGGGAGAUUCACAAGGCGGAAACUCGAAGGAGCCGAGAAAGUGUUGCAACCCGUACCGUUUGUUGGAUUCCUCACAGCAAAAAUUGUGGAGCUUAUGGUUGGAGCUCAGACAAGAUACACUUACAUGUCUGCUUCAUGAGCUUAUUGGUUUUUGAAGCUUCAAACUCUUCCUGCUUUCUUUUCUGCUGUUCAUUGAAAUAUUUAGUGAUGUUUUUUUUUUUUUUUUUUUUAAUCAAACUGCUUUGAAUAAUAAUUA